UCUGUACAACAAUGGUACCUUCCUGUCUGAGUCUACAUAGACAAGAGGGCGCGCUCAUGUCGUUACAUGUAUGAGAACCUAAAGUCGGAAUGGCGAGGUUUCUCAAACUUAAUUUAAGGAGCAUUUUGGCCAAACAGAUCAGGAUGUCGUCCGAUCAGCUUGGAGAACUGGGUAAAGGUGCUGGGAAGGGUGGAGGCGGUGGAGGUGCGGUGAGAGAGGCAGGAGGAGCUUUUGGUAAGAAGCAGGCCGCUGAGGAGGAGUUGUACUUCAAGAGAAAAGAGAAAGAACAAUUGGCUGCUCUUAGAAGGCACCAUCAGGAAGAGAUCGACCACCACAAGAAGGAGAUUGAGAGGUUACAACAGGAGAUCAGUCGUCAUGAGGGCAAAAUCAAAAAACUUAAACAUGAUGACUAAGGCUGUUUGACAGAUCUGGACACUUAUUUCAUAGACUAAUAAGUUUCCUCACACAGAUUUUCAAACUUUUGACUUGAAAUAAGCAGUGAAAUCGCAUAAAAAAUCUGUGAUCUCUGCGCUUACUGAUAUAAUCAUAUCUGCCUUAUAAUAUCUGAUUGACAUAAUAUCAUCUGUGUUAAUACAGUGAAGUUUCUUCCCUUGUCAAUAAACUUGAAUUUGUGUCUCAAA